CUCUCCUGGUGUGUGUUUGGGUCCUGACCUGAUCCAGCUGCAGAGCUCGGGAGACAUGUGGAGCUUCGUCCUGACUGUCAGUCUGCUGUGCUGGGGGUCCGAGGGCACGGUGACCUGCAGAGACAACAACAACGGCGCUGUGGAUUGGUACAUCUUAUACAAGGCGCCCGCACUGCAAACUCUAACCGGCCUGGAGUAUCUUUACAUUGAUUCAGCUGGAACUGUGACCCCGAUGAAACCGUCUACACCGAGCUAUAAGAGCAUCAAGGAUCCGAACGGCGUCCUGGCAAACACCCUGCAGCCCCUCUUUACUCCAAUCAGAUCAAUGCUGCCAAGCUUCGGAUUCGUCAGCUACAGCGAUCAACCUCCAGGAUGCAGUGCUUCGAGCGAAUUUGGCCACAGUAAAGGGGUUCUGAUGGUGGACAGGACCGGCACAGGAGUCUGGCUCGUACACAGCACACCGCAGUUCCCGUUCAGAAGAGAUCAGAAUCAGUUCUGGCCUGACAGCGGAGGAAAAAAUGCUCAGACCUUUAUCUGUGUAACGUUCCCCUACGACCAGUUCAGAUAUAUAGGUAAACAUCUGCAGUACAUCGGAGCUUUCCCAUUUGAACAUGACAUUCCAGGGGACUUUCAUCAAGAACUUAGGGAUGCUGUUAACUGGGUCCAAAGUCCUCCGCCCAAUAACUGGCAGCAGCUAACUCCAAGUGGAGGCGCUGCCUUUUAUAGCAUUGCUAAACAACAGUCAGCUCAGCCAAAAGUUGGAGAUCUUUACGUCACUAUUGCAGAAGCGGUCAGCAGUGAUCUGGAUGUCCAGACCUGGGGCUGCCAGCAUGGCCGUAAACCUUCCUAUUGUGUAACCGGUGUUCAUAAAGUGUUCAAUGUUAAAACUAUAAAAACGGAUCUGGGUGAAUGGGAGCCUAAAAACGAUCAUUCGAAGUGGUGUGUAGCUAAAGAUCAAAAUAAACACUGGACCUGUAUUGCUGAUGUAAACAGGGCGCUGACCCAGUACGAGAGGCGUGGGGGGGCACUGUGCCUUUCAAAUGAUAAAAUCCACACCAUAUUUCAGCGUAUUGCUGGGGGCACUGAGGAGUGUCCAACUCUAAACAUCAUGGACGUGACGGACACUGACUGUGAGCCAGACCCUGACGCUGACAUGACUUCACUGAUGGGCUAAAUCCAGCUCAGCCGGCAGGUCUACUUUACUCCAGAUUGUGGUUUUCCUCUGUCCUGUUUUGUGUGUUGUUGAUUUCUCAUUUUGGGCCAAUAAAAACACUGAGGGAAUGAAAUGAAGGAUAAUUACUAGUUUGGUAACACAAGUAAGCAAUAUUACAUGAUAAUAUACGAAAGUGAUGGACGUGUAUUACCGGAGUGAUUUUCUUCUGUCAAGUCAGUUCUUUUCUAUAAAACCUCAGAAAUCUGGGACCUUAAACGGUUAAUUUUGUACCUGCCAAUCAGCGUUUCCGUGGUCGUGGUUGAACAGGAGUCUGUAUCUCCUACUGCCACCGUUAGCCUGUUGUUAAUGUAAUGAAUGGGGCUCUGUGUGUUGUGUCACUACCAGUCAGCGCACUGAGGGACGUUCAGCUGUGAGACGAACCAAAGCGUUUGUGUUGGAUAAAAUAAAUUGGAUCUAACAGA